AUGGAAGAAGGAGGAGGAGGAGGAGGAGCGCAGUACAAACCUCGAACCGUGGAAGAAGUCUUCCGAGACUUCAAGGGCCGUCGAGGUGCCAUCCUCCGAGCUCUCACCACCGAUGUGCAAGAGUUUUUUCAGCAAUGCGAACCUGAGAAGGACAAUCUUUGCUUGUAUGGAUUCCCGAAUGAAGUGUGGGAAGUGAACUUACCAGCUGAAGAAGUACCUCCAGAGCUCCCGGAACCUGCACUCGGCAUCAACUUUGUCAGAGAUGGAAUGCAAGAAAAAGACUGGCUUUCUCUCGUUGCUGUCCACAGUGAUGCUUGGUUGCUUUCUGUCUCCUUUUACUUGGCUUCAAGAUUUGGUUUUGAUAAAGCUGAUAGGAAGCGCUUGUUCAACAUGAUAAAUGAGGUUCCUACUGUAUUUGAAGUUGUAACUGGAACUGCGAAAAACCAAACAAAGGAAAAACCUUCUUCAGCAAAUCAAAAUGGCAACAGAUCCAACUCAAAUUCAAAAGUGAGAAGUUUAGAUGGCAAAAGCUCAAAGACAAUACAAGCCAUGGACGAGGAAGGACUAGAGCAAGAGGAGAAGGAAAAAGAAGAGGUAGACGAAGAGGAUGAAGAGGAACACGGUGAAACACUGUGUGGAGCUUGUGGAGAGAACUAUGCAUCUGAUGAAUUCUGGAUUUGCUGUGACAUGUGCGAGAAAUGGUUCCAUGGGACAUGUGUGAAGAUCACUCCAGCUAGAGCUGAGCAUAUCAAGCAUUACAAAUGCCCUUCUUGCAGCAGCAACAAAAGAGCUCGUCCCUAA